CCCGCGCCCCACGUCGCGCGCUCCAGGAGUCUGCGCUGUGGGCGCCUCGGCGGCUAACGGAAACCUCCGGCCCGCGACUCCGUUUGCGGAACCCGACCUGCAGAACCGCCCUUCAUGGGUGGUUACCUGAGCCGGGCGCGCCAGGGCCCGCAGCCCCUACCCGUGCGGGGCCAGGACCAGCUGGAGAGGCCGCAGAGCCUCGCACUCCCCCGCCGCGACCGCCGCGUGUCCUCUGCUUUCCGGGUCCCCUCGAGGUUGCUGUCCCCCAACCUGACGAGCAGACUGUCCUGUGAGCACCCCGUGGCUUCCCCCUGGCGACGUCGGCACCGUCGGCGGCUUCUCGUCGUCCACAGCCAGCGAGGUCCCGCCCAGAAGGCUCGGUGUUUGUUUCUGGGGGUCUUUCCCUCCACGCCCUCGAGGGGCCUUCAGAAGAAGCCGGCGCGGUCAGUGUCCAGCCUCAGGAUGCCCUGCCCCGCAGCCAUCCUGAGCCUGGCGUCCGCGAGGGGAAAACUCAGGCUCUGUUUGGCUCUGGACCCGUCAGCCUUGACCGGCUGGACUUCGCGAACCGGCCUCUUCUCAGUCUCAAUUGCAAAGCAGUCCCGGCUGACAGCUCUAGAAGAAAGUAGUCCAGAGAAAGCCAAGGAGGAGAAAGACCUGGCCUCCCCGGGAGAGAGCGGGGAAGGAUUUACAAGGCAGGAGGAGAGCAGCGCUAUCCCGGAAAGACAGGCGGAUCCGAGAAGGCUUUCUGAAGGCAGCGAGAGCCACCAGUCUGCGGUUAGGCGCCUCGAGGUCAGCGGGGCGCUCUCUUCUUUCUUGCCCGGGCCUGGGCCUCUGAAGAUGGGCUUCUGUUCCGGGAGCUCAGUGAAUAGUCUGAUGACGGAAUCCCAGGGCUGUUUCUCGAGCUCACGCAGCAAACGCAACGCCAUCACCAGUUCCUACAGUUCCACCCAAGGCCUCCCACUGCUGCUCAAGAGAGGUGGUGCAGGCCCUGCUGGGCGCCCCCACCCAGGCCCAUCCCAUUUUCUGGUGCCUGCAAAGAAACCCAGUGAGGAAGGCCAUCAGGCUAGCUCUUCGACCUCGGUGGUAUCACAGAGGAAAAGCCAGCACGAGAAGGGCACCAACGCUCCAUCAAGCCAGCAACAAAGCCUGCGGGGUUGCUCAAACCCGUCUGAUCUUUCAAGGCACCCCAAACGAAAGAUUCUUCUGCUGUCCUGUACAAGAAAAGACCCAGUGAUCCUCCCCCCACCUCUCCUGCUUGGCUAUCGGGUCACGGCUGAAGACUUGGACCUAGAGAAGAGAGCUGCAAUCCAGUGGGUCAACAAAGUCUUGAAGGCGGGAGGGAUGCUACUCCCAUCCGGGUCAGAGCCAGGCUAUGUGAAGAGCAGAAGCACCAGGCCUGCAAUGGCCACAAGCUGGAAAAUAUGUCAGUGGACCAUGGAGUGUCAUGAUGAUACAGGAUGUGUUCGGGAACUUGCUUCAGUCACAAUAGAAAUUAAAACAGAGAAACAGCAUGAACUCACAGGAAAAGACUUAUUGAGAAGGAAGAAAAAUGGGGGAAGGGCCUUCAGCUGAAAGAGCCUAGCUCUGGCAGAGAAAAUCUGACAAAAGAAUGAACUAGCUUUCAAAGACGUCAAUGUGACGUGCUCGUGUCUAGUAAUUUUCCAUGGUGUCAUGAAUAUGAUGUUUUAAAGACAUUUUCCCCAGGUUUUGGAGAAUUUCCUCUUGGUACAUGAUAGGAGACACCAUCCCCUUCACCACCAGGGAGUAAGGGAAGAGCUCAUUCCACUACACUGUUAGUAAGGGAGGAUAGGGGGAAAAAACAUGUCUUCCCUUUUAGCGAGUAACAGGUAAAUGGGUUAAGGCCCAGGAAUCCCUCCUGUCUUUUUUGUGAGGUCCUGUCCAAUUUCAGAAUUUCCUCUGAAUCUGCACCACAAAAGAAAACCCUGUUCCUAUCCAGAUUAGUAAUAACAACAUCCUUGACUGGUAGCUUUUAGGGAGGGCAUUGACUUUUAUAUUAAGGUUAAUUCAUGACUUGCUGCUCAAAUUGUGUAAAAGAAGAUUGAACUCUCAGAGAUUCUCAUUUCAGUUUAUCUCCUUUUAUGGUGGACAAUAUACCUAAAAUUUUAUACCAAUUUGUACUUUUCAAUCUUUACAUGGUAAGGUCACUCAGUACUCACAGUGACUCACAUUUUUAUGAGAAAAAAAGUUCAGGGACGAUGCAUGAUAUCAGUGAUCCUC